AUGAUGGAAGUUUGCGUCAAUAACAACAGCUCGACGCCGGCCUUCGAAUGGUCCGGAUGUGAACCCUCCCAACCGAGUACCGCGCGUCCGAAGCGGGACUUCCGAUUCCAGGUAAUCGAAGUCCGUCAAUGCCCCAAGUGGUUUAUCUGGCCAAACCGCAAUCGCCGCAAUGAUGAUGAAGUCGAUGAGAACCAUAAUAAGGAAGCGAAAACGGUAGGCAUCGAAAAUGAUUAUCAACAACCAGCUUAUAGUAACCAGAAUCAAUUUGCCACCUAUUCGUCGACACAAAACGGCUACGGUGCUAUACGUCGAAACGUUCUCCGUGGCUCGAAACGCAUGCAACUAGAGAAAGAAGGAGUGCCUGGGCGCACGGCGUCUGAACCAGCCAGGCGGCUCUCGGCGAAAAAGGACAAGGCGGUUACCGAGCCGAUUCAGUCCGGCAGUCCGUCUAAUACGUUCAAAAUCCUGUCGAUUGCGAAGAAAUGGGAAAGUUUCGACGCGACGGAUGACGAAUCCGAAGAGGUGGUCGUGAGCUCCUGCACCCAGAUAAACCUCUCGGACGUGACGGAACGCAGAUGGACGGCAAAUUAG